AAAGAUGUUUAGUAUUUGAUUAUAAUCUUCAUAUAUAUGUCCCCUUGUAUAAGCCUUGGAUUCUGUAGGAGGCUUACUCAAAUCAUAUAUGACAUAAUAGUAUCCUGAGCAGGUAUCAGUAUAUUUUAAAAAUCCGAAAAAUAGAGACAAAUAAAAACAAAAACAAAAAAGACUGACAUACCAAUAGAGACAUCUCUCUUAUAAUACCAUUAGAAAUUUAGUUGAUUUCUAACACAUAUUCUGUUUUUCAUAAGCUUAUAUCUUCAAACCAGUCACAUCCUGCCCUGAUUAUCGUCACAAUGCAGAGGUUGAAUCCUCGACGGAGCGCUUGUGACCGAUGUAGGGGCCAUAAACUUCGUUGUGUGAGGCUCGACCCGGGCCCGAACAAACUUGGUGUUCUGAUGCCGUGCAAACGAUGUCUAAAGGCUGGCACAGAAUGCAUUCACACCGCAUAUCUAGGGGGAAAGACUACGGGAGAGAAUCCUCAUGUGGCACGCCAUAUGUCAAACUCCUCUAGCCAUUCAGCUUCCUAUCAACAACGAACCCCCGUCAGCGACCGGCAGCUGAGGGACCUGUCCCCUAACAUAUCGUCCGCGCAAUCAGCGCCUCAUCAUCAGACCCAAGACCGAGGAAGCAGCGGCCCCCAUAGGUCAGAUAAAGAACCGUCGCCUCCUUGGCAGAUGUUCGCAACACCAACUUCCUCGAGAUCACAGUUAGAAUUCCCCAAGCUAUCGAGCCAUGAAGACGCGCGGACCGAUCAUACGACCGCUAGGAUGGGGGUUGCCCCCGAGUCCUCCAUCGUCACCCCACCCCUCAGCGAGAGGAACCCCCAGAGAUCGAGCCGCAUCCCUUCCAACUCCAAUUCCACCUUCGACCUCGUAGACAAAGUACCGGACUCGGACGGCAGAGGAUUCUCGAUCUCAGGUCUGCUACACGACGCCUCGGGUACGAAUCCGACGACGACUUCGGCACACCCUCACCACAUGUUACAGUACCCGCAAGCGGAAUCGCUUAUGUCCUCGAAUUACUUCAAUACGGCAGCUGCGAACGUCAUGGCGAGCAAUGGUAGUGGGGGUAGUGUCGGUGGUGGCGGCGGCCAAGGCUUACGCGAGCAGCAGAUGCAGCAGCAGCAGCAGCACCACAUAUCCGCCGGCGGUCGUGGUGGUGUUGGCUCCUCUGUUGCUACUACCGACGACUGCCUACAUCGCCUUUCGCAGCUGAGUUCGAAGCUUUUGAUGGAGUUCGGUAAAUCCGGUGGUAAUGGUAAUAAUAGUAGUAGUAGUAGUAGCGGCGGCGGUGGCGGCGGCAGCUGGCCGUGGUCCUCGUCCUCGUCGUCCUCGUCGAACAACAUGGGAGGCGCAAUGACAUCGUUCCCAUCCCUCCCCAGCGGCGGCACCUCCUCCUGGCACCAGAACGGCACGAUGGCCAACAACACCUACUUGAGCAGCACCAUCAACAAGCUGUUCGACAGCUUACAGGUCUUCCUGGAAACGGUCGAGCGCCUGCGGCCGUCGUCUUAUCAGAACUUCUCCUCGGGCUCCGAGUGCUCGUACUCGGAGCAGUGGGACGAGCCCGAAUUCAUCAGCCCCACCGACGACACCCAGAUGUACCCGAGCACCAUCACCGCCGACCAGAUCCACGGGUCCUCCACAAAUAACCCCUCUGCGCAUCACCGAGGCGUGGGUGCGGAGAGCGGAGCAAGUGGUGGGGCCCCGCCGUCCGACGACGCAUCCCGAACGUUCGACAUGCCGACCACCCUCACGAUACUUACCUGCUAUACGUGGCUCCUGAAGGGUUACGAGGUGGUCCUCUCGGGGAUAUAUGAAGCGCUAGUGUCGCAGGAUCGGAUGCAAGACCUACAUUCUCUCCCGCCCAUCCUCCAUGGCACGAGGGUCGGGGAUUUCGGGCUGGAGGACCACCCAGACAUGCAGAUCGAGAUUGUGAUCCACGUUGGCUCUCAGUUCCUGCAACGGAUCGAGGGGGUCUUGGGGGUCCACGUGAUAACAGAGAGAUUAGGAGGGCUAGGCGGGAUGCAAGAGUAUGCCUCUCAACCGGGCGGCGCCGCGGCGAGUGACGGGCGAGAGAUCCUCGACACUAAGUCGGCGGCCGCGCUGCUGGAGAACUGGUUCACGAGCACCCACAAAGGCGGCAGUGGGGGAGAGGGCGACUUUGGCGACCCCUGUGGGGGUAGGAGGGUACAGAUUAGACGCACGAUAGACAACAUAAGAAAACUUAUCCGGGUUUACUGGAGAGACUAUAGCGGAAAAUAGAGAAAAGGAGAGAGGUAGAGAUAUAAGC